AUGUGUACAUACAGUUCAUAUCACUCGCCAGGAGGGGCGUGUCCACGGAAAUGCUGUGGCAGCGACAACGAUGGUUUGUUGCCGACUGAGGCCCUUAUGAUUUUGACGUUUUUAUUUGCCGCCACAUUCACAACGGUAUUUGGACGCUACUGCGCAGAUGAUCAGAAGGUCUGGUGCCGUGGUCACGAAAUUUGGGGUUGGUGUUUUCAUAACAAGACUGACGGCAAAUUUCAUUGCGACGAUGAUGCUUUCUGCGCUAGUCAGGAACAAUUGAAGAACAAGAGAAGCACUGGAUGUUUCAUACGCGAUAAUAACACCGUAUGCUGUUGUAAUGAAGCGGAUGGCUGCAAUCUUGGUUUUAUACCAGUGACUCCGAGAUAUUCAGUUGGACAGCAAUGCGUGAACUCUAUCGAAGAACCGGGAGAAGAUCUGAAACUCUUCAGAUCAUGUGACGAUCCAUGGUGUUUCGCCUUUCUAACAGCGGAGGCCGAUGGAGGUCUAACAACCGUACAUCGUGGAUGCCGAUCACGGAAGACAAUGAUGCAUCAUAUCUCUAAGGACCAAGAUGCGAAGUUCAAAAAUAACACAAAAUGGACGGAAAGUGAGCGUUUUGUUAAUACGCCAUCGUGUGCUGAUAUCACAUGGGAUGUGGACUACAACAAUGGCACUCAGUCUAUGUGCCUUGACUUUUUGUACCAGGUAUGUUACAUUGGGGCCAAAAUGUCGUGUUUUCUGCGUCUCUGCUUCCACUCUCGAAUAGCAUUCUUUCUUCGGUAG